AAUCACGAGUUGCUGUGAGAGAAAAAUUAGAGGUACAGGAGAAAGCACGUUGAGAACAUUUUUUCAACCUAAAAGUCCUGGAAUGCAAUGGAAAAGAUUAUCUUAUUAUGAUUGUAGCAAUUUAAACUUGUGUCUUUUCUCGCUUCCUUGUGUUAACCUUCCCUUUCUCCUCCAUUUGUGUGCUUGCAAUAAGUAGAGAUGUAUGAGCUACUGCUAGCAUGCUUUGGCUAAAAUCUAUUGCAAAAUUCACAAAGCAAAGAGCAGGUGCAAUGUGAUCUUCAGGAUAAGUUAUUUCAUUAGAAUGCAUUUCUGAAUGUGAAAAAUCAAUAUCACUUCAGAGGAAAUUUCUGGAAUAACUGAAUAUACCCACAUAUCACCAUAUUGAUUUGAAUGGAAUGUCUGAAAUAAUUUUAGCUCUGAUUUUUUUAAGCACCUAGGACAAAAGGGAGAUUCUGUAAGUUACAUAGAUGACUAUGUCAGACAGUGGUGAUGUUUCUUUUUCAGGACAAAUCUUGAGUGUGGACAUAACUCUUGAGAAGUUUUUACAAGGGUCCAGGCACCAGACCAUGGUUUAUAAGACACUCUACCUGCCUUUCUGGCUCAUCUCCUGUCUUUCCCACUUUGGUCUCUCUGUUCUCGGUUUCUGUCUGUCCAUCAAGCCAUGAAAACUAUCUCACUGCCAUUGCAAAAUUGGUUCCCUCUGUUUAGAAUGCUCUCUCCCUCAACUUCACCUCGUUAAUCUCUACUUACUUUUCAGAACUCACCUCAGAUAACAUUUUCUCAAAGUGAGUGUCCAAGCCCGUGGGCUGCUCCUGCUUAGCUCCUCAUAGCACAUUUCCCUCAAAACCUGUCUCAGUUUGUGAUUAAAUACUUUGUCAUGGUUUAUUUUCUACCUUGUCCUCAUUUGAGCUCUCUUAGAAGGAGGUCAUUUUUUUUUUUUUAUGGUCACCAGCAAUUCCAUGUACCUACUAAAAGAUCUGGCAGACAGUAGGUGCUAAAAAACAACUGGAAUAAAAACAAUUACUAAAUAAAUGAAUACACGAGUUCUCUAUAACAACACAGCUUCUCAAAUACAAGCCUUUGGACCAGAGGGGCCUGAUGUUGCUCUUCUACAUCCUGCCAGAGAGAAUGAUCUAGACAUGGUUUGCAAUAGACUUAGCUCAGAGAGAAAACGUUGAUCAGGAAGAGUGCUCCGCUAUUAUCUUUCCCUAUCAACCCAUUUGUAUGUGUGGGUGGAGGGGAUAAAGUCCAAACUGUUCAUGACAUGCAAAGUGCUCCAUGAUGUGGCUUUGGGGUCUUCUUCCUCCAUUUUCCAUUCACAGCCUGUGCUCCUACCAUGCAGAUCUGCUGAACAUGCUAUGCCAAUUCCAGCUUCUGUGCCUUCCUCCUGCCUUUUGAAUGCUUUUCCCUAGUGGGAAAGUAUGUAACAUAAGGUCAAGAGCUCUAGCUUUAGAGUCAGGGAGAUGUGGAUCUGAAUCUUGGUUCUAAUAGUUGGUAGAUCUUGGACUUCUUAGGGCUCAGUUUCCUCAUUUUAAAAAAAAGUUAGUGCAAUAUCUACCUCAUACAGCUGUUGUAAUUAUUAAAUUUGCAAAUGUAUGUAAAAGGUUUAUUGCUUUGAGUGGCACAUAAGUGCUCAUUAAGUAGUGGUGAUAUUGUUACAUCUUACUGGAAAACUCUUCUCAUUUGGAGUCUAGUCAAAGGUCAUUUGAAGCCUCUUCCAAUUCUCCUAGACAGGCUAAGGGGCAGCUUACCCACUGCACCUUAUGUUCACCUCUGUUAUACUAAAUAUUCUAUCAUUCUCUAAUUUUUUGUACAUCUAUUUUUCCAACUAACUGUAAUGUUCUUAGAGACAUGGUCCAAAUAUUCCUUGAAUGUGUUUUCAGCACCGAGGACAAUACCAGAUAUAGUAAAGGCCAGAUAACUAUCUUUCAAUGAAUAAAUAAAUGAAUUAGUUCUAAACCAGUUAAAAAAAAUAUAUUCGAUAGAGCAAGAAAAAUUGGACCAGACAUUUUGAUUGGCUCUUUAAUUUGCUCACAUGUCUUGUGUAUAUGUCAAUCAUAUUUAGUCUUUCUGCUGAAAGGUCUGCACGCUAUUGGCAACCCUGGUCUUUAAGAAAACAUUAUGCAAUGACUAAAUGGUGGCUUUAUUUCAUUCUCUUCACUAUUUGCAUUGGAAAACAGCUACUUCACACAUUUACCAAUGAGUUUUUAUAAGGUAGGGUUUUUUUGUUGUUAGCCUCAGGUUCUCAGCAUGUGAUACUACAAUGUUUUUGCUCCAGAUUUGCAAGUGCAGUGGUGUUAGUUCUCAAAUCGGUUUGUCACAUGGAAAAUGUUCUACAACAAAGAGGAUUAAUUGUUUUUCUCAUGUAAAUGUUUUGAAAUGGAAGGAGGCCCAUCUCUUAUUGGAUUCUGGUGGGCUAUAACUCUCCCCCUAGCCUCACUUCCUAGCAAACCCUGACUUGUACCCUAUACUGCAUCAGAACUAGUCAGCCUACAGUUUCCCACAUUGUUUCAUGCUCCUGUACUUUUGUCCAAGCUGCUUGCUCAAGAUGCCUGGAGUGUCUCCCAAGAAUCCAUUCAGGGGUCACUUUCCUUAGGAGGCCUUCCUUGAAUGGCCUAAUAUGGCUCAGUUUCCUCCCCUUACUGCUCCUCAAUCCUGUCCUUUGCUUUGAUGGGGAUGUGUAUGUUGAGGGUGGGCAGUUCAACCUAAUGUUAAAAAAAUACUUUUUGGAGUUAGACAGCCUGAGACUGAAUUUGAGUUCCACUACUAACUAGCCUUGUGAUCUUGGGCAAGUUACUAACUCUCUCUUCAGAGAUUUUAUUUUCUUCCAUGAAAUGAGGCAUCUUUGCAGGGCAGAUGUGAAUAUUAACAAGGAACUCUUAUGCACCACAUUAAAAGAAUCUAUUUAGGUAUUUACCUCUCCUACAGGACCCAGAGUGACAAACUCUUCCAGGUUGCCUGGCACUGAGGGGAUUCCCAGAAUGUGGGAUGUCCAGCAUUAAAACCAGGGCAGUCACAGGUAAAUAAGGAUGGCUGGUCACAUUCACCUUCCCUAGAUCAUAAAUAACCUGAAGGUAGGAACUCUGACUUCUAAUCUUUAUCUUCCCACUGCUGAGCACAUGGCGUUUUAAGCAGCAACCUGCAGUGGUAGGAGGUCAAUGGCCAUGUAUCACCCAGGGAACUUUCUCACCUUUUCCAAUCAUGCAUAUGUUUUCCUGUCCUGAAGAUUCCUCCACACCUCCACCCCAACCUCCAUCCCUACCACAUUUGAAAACCAAUAUAUCAGUUGGCUAUUGCUGCAUAACAAACCAUUCUAAAACUUAGUGGAGCAGAUGGUCAAUUAACUCAUGAGUCUAUAAGUUAGCUGGGGAGCUUGACUUAUCUAGGAUGGCUUUCUUAAUGUAUCUGCAGGGUUAGUUUGCAAGUCAGAUGAGUUUUCUAAUCUUGGCUGGGCUCCCAAACAUGAUUGUGGCCCCAGCUAGAAUGAAUUGGCUUCUCAGCUCUGCUUUCUGUGCCCCUCAUCCCCCAGUAAACUGGUCUAGGCUUGUUCUCAUGCUGGAGGCAGGGGGCCGAGGGAUAACAGAAGUGUGUGAGGCCCCUAGAGCCAAGGCUGGGAGCUGGCUCACCAUCACUGCUAUUGCAUUCUUUUGGCCAAUUAAAGGCACAUGGCCAGCCCAGAUUUAAGGGGAAGAGAAAUAGAUGCCACUGUUUGAGCUGCAGAGUCACAUAGCAAAGGGCAUAACUACAUGGACCAGUGUAAGGAUUGUGGCCAAUUUUAAAAGCUAUCACAACUACUAACCUGACACAAAGCUGAUGCUCAAUAAAUGUUUAAACUCAAAGCGACUUUCUAAGUCACGUAAUUGUCCAGUACCUGCUAUAUAUCUGAAAGUAUGCUCCUCACUACUCUUAAAAAAACAGCAAGAUCUGGGAGGUGUGGUGUCUAGAAAUCGAGGGAAGUUUGUACAGCAGGUAGGUUUGCAGGAGGUUAUAACAUAGUGUUAUUACAAUGCUAAAGUAUUGUUGCUGGGAAGGGAUAUAUGCAAAUAAAGCCCUAAAUGGGGGGUGGGAAAACCCUCAGCUGGCCAAUUUAAGAAAGUUUUACAAGUUGACCUCAGAAAGGAACAUGAGCUUGACAUUGACAAUCUGGGGUCCUCCUGAAUUGGAGACAGAUUGGGUGUCUGCCUUAGAGAAGAAGAAAGCAUCAAAGAGGGCUCCAGGGCAUUAAGGGCAGGGAUGCUUCUUACAACUAUGUGCAUAUAGCCUUGGUAUUUUCAGGUACAUCCACCAACCGGUGUUCAUCAUGUUUGCUGGCACAUUCAUUAUUCAAUUAAAGAAUUUUAAUGACAACUUUGGGGAAAUCAUAUGGUUGGGCCCCAAUCGCUGGUGAAGUGGAAAACAGUGAAAACAAAAGCACUAGGCUAAAGAGGAGCCAUUUAAUUUGAUAUUUUUUAGUUCAAUGAGCUAAACAGCUGAAUUAAUUAAAACCUACUUUAGGGCCACUUUAUAUACUUAGCCAGCACAAACAGGAUCUCAAGGCCUCGAGGGGCUGUGGGUGAGAAGACCUUAAACAGUAGCAGCAAGCUGCGGUUUUAGAAAUGCAUGUUGUUUGAAAAUCGCACACUCUUGCAGAGGAACACUGGGGUUUAUUGUGGGUGUGGGAAUAAGCAAGGUCAUAGCUGUAGAGUAAAAAGACCUGGGAGGGUGGUGAUUUGGGGGUGGGGGAUGAAUUAAACUCAGGCAAUCUUUGCAGAACACAAAAGUACUAUUACUAGACCAUAGCCUGCAAGAGAAAAAAAAAUAAAGCUCGCCUAAGCAAGUUGUCCAAAAGGAAUCUAACUCAGAUGGAAGUCUGUCUGUGGGCUGUGGAUUCAGGAUUCCAGGGUGUGCUGCUGGGCUGUGGAGUGGCGAACCUGGGAUUCAGGCCAGGCAGGUUCCUGCAUAAUCCUGCUUAUUGCAUGACUUUGGGCAAGUCACUUCAGCCACUUUGGUCCCGGUCACCUCAUCAGGGAAAUGGAUAAUAUUAUCACAACAGCACCUCUAAGAUAAGGCCAAUAGCUGACAAAUACUAUUGCAUACAUAGCACAAGCUGAUGUUAGUUGUUGAUAUUAUCAUGGUGAACCUUAUAAUCUCAUGAUUCACAGGAACCCUUGGUACUCAGUUGGAAUUGUGUCAUUGAUGAUGGCUUGUGUCUACCUUCUCCAUGUUUAUAGGCACUUUUUGUAGGCAGGUGUAGCAGAUAUGCUGUUGGUGACCCACUGAUACUCACUGUUCUGCUGAAGGCUUCUUGAUGUAUCUACCUGCAAAUACAGCAGGCUGGAAGUACAUACGUGGGACUUAAUGUCCCCCAGGAACAGCCCUUAAACAGCUACAAAGGGGAGUUGGUGAAUACAUACCCCAGCUUCUUCCCGCAUUGAGUGGGGCAACUCUGCAGUGAUUUUAAUUCUCUCUUAGUGUUCCCAGUGGGAUUGAGCUGCAGUUGACUCACUACAUAGACAACAUGUGUGUGUUCACCCCUGGUGUUGGCUGUAUGCCCUGCCCUGCCUCACUUCUCUCCCCUACUGGUGCUUCUGGGAACUGCCUCCCAAAUAAGCCACUUGCAUUAAAAUCUUUGUGCCGUAAGACAGUAGGGACUAUGUCUGAUUCAUUUCUGAAGAGCAGCACUUUAAUUGUGAAGGCAUAGAUAAAUGUUUGCUACAGGAAGUUUGAAUUUUUUUUUAAAGCCAGUCAGAUUUAGCAGUGGGGGGUGGGGGGGUAGAAUACCAACUGUAGUGACAAUAAUGUUAGUAAGUUCUGAUAACUCAAUACCAUCAGACUGGCUGGGAGUUUGAAUUUAAGUUCUACCCUCUGAGGCUCUAACAAGUAAGUUGAUUCUGUUCUUCUCAUGACAAUUCUUUGUGCCAACCUAUAUUUCAUUCAAUUCCCUCCCAACCAACCUUUGCCUUGCCAAAUCUUAUCUUCUCCAAAAGCUGCAUUUCCAAUUCUUUUAAACUUUUCUCUCAUGACUUGGUUUCAGGUUUUCUCCCUAUCCUAGAUUCUGUGUUUAUCUAGACAUAAUCAAAUGGUGGCAGAUCAAAACAGAGCCUAGUAAUGAACUUGAUGUUUGCUCUGUGGCCAGGUAUUGUGGUAAUUGUUGCAGGCAAUGUCCUAAAUCCUCAGUUUGAUCAGAUACAUGGCUAUGUUCUACAGCUUCUGGGUAAAGCCUUGAGUCUUUCUCAAAUACCUUGUAUAUGUUUAUGCCCUUUGACCUCAAGAUGUAAAAUUCAUUCAGUUAUUUGUUCAAUAAACAUUCACCAGGUCUACCAUAUGGACAGGCUUUGGGUUAGGCUCUGGGCUUAUAAAAUUUGAGACAAAUGCCUGCAUUUGAAAAGCUCAAUGUAGUCAUCCAGGAAGCAUAGUAGACACAUAAUACAUCAUUUUAGACUGAAAGAGUCAUGCAAAAAGAUCAUUAUGGUGCAAUAUGAUCAAUGCUAUGUGACAUAGCAGUAAUUCUCAUAGUGUGGUCCUUGGACAUGAAUCACAUCACCUAAAACUUGGAAAUGUAGACCCCAUCCCUUCAGACCUAUGUAAUCAGAAACUCAGGGGCUGGGGCCAGCAGUCAGUAUUUUAACUAGUCCUCUAGUGAUUCUGAUGCUCUCUGGAGUUUGAGAACCAUUGUGACAGGGAGAAGUAGAGGGUUCUAUGGCAGAAGAGAGAAGAUUCUGGCUGUAUCUAAGUGUGUGUUUAUACAUGAGUGUAGAGACAGUUGGGUGUCUAUGGGAAGAGAAAUCAAGGAAGGCUUCCUGGAGUAGGAAACCCUGAAGUAACACUUGAAGGGGUAGUAUGAGAGUGUUGGCUGUAUCUGGGCUUGGUGCAAACCCAUCUCAAGGUGACCUAAAUAAUUUAAAGCCCAGAUAUUCCUAAUGGUGAGUCAAAAACAGAGUUUCAUCACAAUUGUGUCUUGAUUAAAGACAAAUCAUUACUUGACAGUUUAUAAUCACAGAAUGGGAAAUUUCAGGAACACAUUUUGACAUGAUAGAAAAACCUUGUUUUAGCAAAGGAUCCCCCGGGGUUUCUCCUAAACAAUUUUGCCCUUCCUUCUUCCCUUUCUCUCCUAUGGUGAUUUUAAACCUUUUAAGGGCAGGACCUUCCUAACUUGAUUUUCCCUUCUUAAAUCUUCAAGACCCCAGCCCAAUGCCCAUUGCGUAGUGUUCAAGGAGUAUUUCUCAAUUUGAUUUCCCAGGAACAAGUGGUGCAAAGCAGGUUGUCCAUGCUCCAUUCUUUUGGCCCACAUGCUACUAAGCAAUUGGUUUAAGUGAUUGUAAAUGAAAAUGGCUAAAUUGAACAGAACAGAUGUUUUCCUGUUGCAGAGACAUAACCUACCUGUGGGAAUGAUUUCGAGGUGUGGGUGUUGCAUGUUGUUCUUUGUGGUCCCUAGAGUCUAAAUUACACAUAUUGACAAAGCAACCCUAUAGUGCAGGUGAUUUUUAUUGUUACAGAAUAAUAUAGAGUAUAAUUAGCAUGUACAAAUGAUAGUAAUUCUUAAUGCCCGUGUAAUGCUUUCUAUUUUACAAAUCUCAUUCACAUCCAUUAACUCACCUGAUCCUUACAACUUUGUGAAGGAGGCAUUGGCAGGUGUUGUUAGAAUCUUUCUCAGGCGGGGGACCUAUGGUGGAACCAGUGUAUGUAGCACCACUUCUGCUGUGCUCUGUUGGUCAAAGCAGUCACAGGUGAGCCCACCUUCAAGAGGAGGGAAAAUAAAUCUCACCUCUCAAUGGGAGAUGGCAAAGAAGUUGCACCAUCUUUAAUCUACUACAGUGACCUUGGUAUUCAACAUUUCUGAGCCUUGUUUCAUCUGUAAAAUGAAGAUAAUACAUCGUAAGCUUUGUAGUAGGAGCUCAGAUAGUGGCAAUUAUAAUAAUCUCCAACCAGUAGGAAAAUCAAUGGAUUUAUUUUAAGAAGGGAAUAACUGGCCAUAGUUUGUGGCUAUAUGGAAAGACAUUCAAUAAAGGAAAGAAGGCAAGUAUUAAGUAAGAACUUUGUUGUGGAGUCUUAAACACUAUCAUCUAAUUUCCAGGUUGGUUGUCUUCCUUAAAGCUAACUCUUAUAAAGUGUUUUCUAUAUGCCAAACACCGUUUUAGGUUUUUACACUUAUUAACUAGUUUAAUCCUCACAACCGCCCUGUGAGGUUUGUGGGAUUGUUAUUGUUUCCAUUUCACUGUUGAAUAAACUGAGGCACAGAGUGGUUAAAGAGUUUGCUUGAGUGAAUGGCAGAAGCAGCAUCUGACAUGUUUGUCCACAUGCUGUGCUUGUCACAUUCUCAUACUCAGCUACCUAUCAAAAGUCAUUCCUCCCAUUGCAGGACAGGAGUACUUACCUUGAAGAGAAACAAUUAAAUCACAAUUUGUCCCAGAUUUUUAAAUAUAGUAAGUUUGGACUUCCCAAUAAAAUGCUGAGAAAUUUUAAAAAAUUGAGAAACUUGAAAGAAGGCAGAUCAGAUAUCUGUUCAAGGUCCUCAUGGAAUUCUGCCAGGAGCCCUUCAAUGCUUGCUAUGAGGUAAUUGCCUCUUUCUUAAAAACCUCCCCUGGGACCCGAGCUACCAGUGGGCACAGAAUAUUGAGCAGUCCUCUCUCUGAGACUUGGGGUUUUUCAUCUACUUUUAAGUAUACAUUUGUCAACUUCCAGAAUUAUAGACAUCCUUGACAGUGUUUCCUAAUAUUUUCUCCCCAUGGGGUGAGGCAAUUGAAUUAUUCAUAGUUUCUGUUUAUGGACCUUUGGUAUUCAGCAAAGCACAGGCAAAAACUUGGAAAGAUCAACAUGUUCAGAGAAUCAGUAUUCUAAAAGGGCAUUUGUCAAGUGGCAUUUCUAGUUUGCUGCCUGAACCUUAAGAAUAGAUAACUGAAUUAAUUAAUGAAAAAAUAGAAUACAUCAUUCAGAGGUAGUGAUCGGUACUAAUGAAGUCCAUGCAUCUAAUAAAGAUGAAACCAAGUCAAUUGGAAAACAAAUUGCCAAAAUUCUAAAUUAUGGCUCUGCUGGUAGUUGUUUGAGUUGGGCUAAUUAUUAGCUAAUUUUAACAGACCUCAUAUUUUGGUUGCACCUCCGAGCAAGUGAAUAUAGUGGUGGAUUGUGGUCUUCUAGAUGAAAUGCCAAAUUUGCUGAAAGGGAAGUACAUUUCAUUUGCUCAUUGCCAGUGAAGAACCUACUAAUCAAUGCAAAAUGAUGCAGGGAAAAAAUACAGUCAGUUGAACUAUGUUUGGAGAUAUGACCAUGUUUUCACUACUAUAGUCAGAAUUUUACCUUACCUGAGCCAUCUAUGUAGUCACUGUGAUUUGGUAAGAAUGGAGGCAUAGUAACCUCCAUCAUGGUCUCCUCACCUUCAAAUUUACCUUCUGUGAAAUGAGGCAGAUGUCAUGGGCAAUAAAGGUUCUUAGAUAAGAAAUCUGCAUGAAAGGAGGAGUAAUUUCCCAAAGGCAAAACAGGUAGCUAAACUAGUGAACAAAAAGGCAAUAAUAUAUUAGAUUUGGAGAGGACAACUUAGGAGGUAAGUGGGUGGGCAAAGGAAUGACAUGGAUGUUAGAAGUGGGUUCUAGUUGCAAUUCUGCUAAUAUUUAUCUGGGUGACCUUGGGCAAGUUCAUUAGGGAGUUGGUUGGACUUGACAGUCUUUAAGGGACUUUUCAUCUGUCUAACACCAUCACUUUGAGUCUCAACAACAGUUGGAGUCCAUGAGAGACGGUUAUUCAGCCACUCCUUGCAUACAGAUGUGGCAGAAGGUGCUGUUGCUCACCCACCAGUAUCUGUGGUCUUCUUUGUCUCCAGGCACAGCCAGACUUAAUUUCUCAGUCUCUCCUUAUGAGCCCGUGAGUUUGAGUUCUGACCAAUAGAAUAUGAAAAGAAAUGACGUACAGCUUCUAGGCCUGGCUCAUAGAAGAAUCUCAACUUCAACCCUUGAGCUCCUUAUCCAUCAUUUGGCUAAAUGAAAAGCACUCCGAGGGCUUAGAAGAUGGCAGUGCCAUAAGAUGAAGGGAACCUGGGUCCCUGGGUGACUCGAUGGAGCAGAGUUUUCCUUAUUGCACCGCCUUCCAUCGUAUUAUGACAUGAGCAAUAAAGAACAUUUUGUGCUGUGAAACCUGAAAAUUCAAGAGUGUGUGUUAUUGCAAUCAAUCUACCUUGAUGUAAAGAGGUGAGAAACUCAGAACUUUAAAAGACAACUCUAAUUACUGGUUCAACAUAUACAAUAGCCACCAUGCUUUGGGUACUUACCAUAUGCUAGGCAGCAAGAUGGGAAAUUUGAGGACCACGGACACUAAAGACCUUGCCUGAGAUCACAGGGCUCUUAAGGGCACACCUGGGCCCUACGCAGAUCUUGUGACUCAACACUGUGUGAUUUCACAGAACAAAGGGGGAAACUACAUCUUCUCUGGAGUGUAAAUUACAAGGCUGCCUAAAACUCCAGAGCUUUGUCAAGAUGAGCCAACUGAAGACGCAAAGUGGCUAAGUGGGCUGCCCAAAUUCAUACAACUACUAUUUCCUUGGCUUCUUUCGAUGACGAUUCCUGACUCGUGGCCCUGGCAAUCUUGGGAAAACAUUAUCCGAUUUCUUCGAUCCAGACCCCAGGGUCCCCUUUUCCCCAGCAUCACCCCCAGCCAGCCUGGACACAUUGAUUGCCUCAUCUUCUAGGAAAUUCCAUUCAGCAAGACAUGGUGGUGAACCCUGGCUCCAAGUCUUCAUGAUUGAAGAACUCUUUUGCAUAACACAAAGCACUCGAAAAGAGUGAGUGAAAUGUGCAGCUGGGGGUGUCGUUUCUGAAGGGAGGAGUCUUUCUCUCGGAGAGGAGUCCUCAAUGAGCCUGGCCGCGGCCCGGGAUCUGUGUGAAGUGGACUAAGGAUUAAGUAGGAUGUCAACUGAGACAGAACUUCAAGUAGCUGUGAAAACCAGCGCCAAGAAAGACUCCAGAAAGAAAGGUCAGGAUCGCAGUGAAGCCACUUUGAUAAAGAGGUUUAAAGGCGAAGGGGUCCGGUACAAAGCCAAGUUGAUCGGGAUUGAUGAAGUUUCCGCGGCUCGGGGAGACAAGUUAUGUCAGGAUUCCAUGAUGAAACUCAAGGGCGUUGUUGCUGGCGCUCGUUCCAAAGGAGAACACAAACAGAAAAUCUUUUUAACCAUCUCCUUUGGAGGAAUCAAAAUCUUUGAUGAGAAGACAGGGGCCCUUCAGCACCAUCAUGCUGUUCACGAAAUCUCCUACAUCGCGAAGGACAUCACAGACCACCGGGCCUUUGGAUACGUGUGUGGGAAGGAAGGGAAUCACAGAUUCGUGGCCAUAAAAACAGCCCAGGCAGCUGAACCUGUUAUUCUGGACUUGAGAGAUCUCUUUCAACUCAUUUAUGAAUUGAAGCAAAGAGAAGAAUUAGAAAAAAAGGCACAAAAGGAUAAGCAGUGCGAACAAGCUGUGUACCAGACAAUUUUGGAAGAGGAUGUUGAAGACCCUGUGUACCAGUACAUUGUGUUUGAGGCUGGACACGAGCCAAUCCGUGAUCCCGAAAUGGAAGAAAACAUUUAUCAGGUUCCUACCAGCCAAAAGAAGGAAGGUGUUUAUGAUGUGCCAAAAAGUCAACCUGUAAGUAAUGGCCCUUCGUUUGAGGAUUUUGAGGAGCGGUUUGCUGCGGCCACCCCGAACAGAAACCUGCCCGUGGACUUUGAUGAGAUUUUUGAGGCAACAAAGGCUGUGACCCAAUUAGAACUUUUUGGGGACAUGUCCACCCCCCCUGAUAUAACCUCUCCCCCCACUCCUGCAACUCCAGGUGAUGCCUUUAUCCCAUCUUCAUCUCAGACACUUCCGGCGAGUGCAGAUGUGUUUAGCUCUGUACCUUUCGGCACUGCUGCUGUACCCUCAGGGGGAGAGAAAGCGGUGAGCAGGGGAGGAGAUAGAGUCAGCUCCCCACAGACCUCUUCAGACCCGAUGGAUAGACGGCAUCCGGCUCAUUUGGUGCCGACUUGAGGAAGAAGAGGUUCCCCAGACAAAGGAGGAAAAUCCUGUGGGAUAACAACAAACUGCCAACAGUGAAUUGGGAGGGUGAUGGGAUUCUUAGCGAUUUGAAAGUGUUUGUUCUGUGUUUCAGAUAUUCUUUAAAAUGUAAAUACUAUUUUACAACAGAGACAAAAUGUGUAUAGUCACAGUAUUACAGGUGCAUUACAGAUGGGUGGGUCCCUGGGAUGUUACCUUGUUUCCAUGGCGUUGGUCACUCCGCGUAGCCGGGCCACUCACUUGGAAAGAGUUAAAGGUGAUAUUUGUUCUGUUUUUCACAUACAUGGGAACCUUAAGGAGUCUUGUGUUUUCCUUUUACUACAUAUUUGAAAUCUGUGGCUUUAUCUUUCUCAACUUUAUUCUCAUAAAUGGCAAAUGGAGUUUGAAUAUUUUACAAUACAAAUCUCCCUGCAAUUUUUUCUAUAAAUAAUUACUUCUAAUUGCAUAGUGUUAGAAGCAAAUUCUUGCCACCAAAUAUAAAUCUUGCUUUUUAUUCAAAGUAAAUUAAAAAUUCAUACCCUGUUCUAAAAUAGUUAUAGUUAUUCCUCAUGAACCAAGGGAUCAUUAUGAACUUCUAGAAGCAACAAAUGUUGGUAGCCACUAGAUCUAACUGUGUGGUCUGCAACCCCCAGGCCACAGCCUGGUACAGUCUAUGGCCUGUCAGGAAACCAACCACACAUCACUGCCUGAGCUCCACGCCAUGCCCUCCCCAACCCCUGACUCCCUAACCCUCAACUCCCAGUCCAUGGAAAAGUUGUCUUCCAUGAAACGGGUCCUUUGUGCCAAAAAGGUUGGGGACCUCUGAUCCAACCUACAGUUUAGACUCUGCAGGUAGUCUAGAAAUGUAUUCUAUUGCUAAGCUUCCCAAUCUAAUCUGCCCCUAAUACAGGAUAGUGGCCAUGACUAGUUUUCUUUACCUAAAGUAGAUAUUCAAAUCUCCUUGGGAUUAGUGUGAUAAAAUAUGUCAUUUUAAAUAAGGAUAACGGUUUUCUGUCAGAAAUUCACCACUCUCUAUGCUUUUUCAGUCUGUUCAAAAUACCGAUGCUUUGUCCCCUUUGUGUUAUCUGUAAAGAUGAUGGGAACUUAAGGCCCACACCUACUAAUUUGCAGCCAUGUUCAUUCCACAGUGUUCACUGGGUGCCUACUAUGUGCCAGCUCCUGCUCUAGGUGCUUGAGGUGUGUCACUGAAUGCAACAGACAGAGAGCUUACCAGCUACUGGGGACACAGGAAGUAACAUGAAAAUUAGAAACUUGUGUAGUAUGUUAGGAAACGAGAAGUGGCCUGGACAAAAGGAAAUGCAGAGCAGAGCAGGGUGUGGGCUCCAGAGGCCAGGUGCUAGUGCAGGCUGUGGUCAGGAGAGAGGCUCUGGCCAGGUGAGGAGCAAGCAGACUGGAGGGAGGAGCAGGAAGUCACAGCAGAUGUCAGAGUUCAGGGUUUUUUCAGGCGAGGAGUGACUGGGCACACCUCAUCUCCACCCCUUCUCUAUAAACAAGAGGUUUGUACUAGAUGCAAUCUUGCAUCUCUGCCAGCCCUAACUGUUCAUUCAGAGCACCCUGAGGACCUGCCCGGGCCAGGCCCAGCACUGCUCUGGGCCUUCUUCCAAGCCUGUGCCAGGUUAGGGGCUUGAAAGACCAGGGUUUUGGUCCUGCAACUUAACCAGCCCUGUUACAAACGGUAGACAAGCCAUUUCCGCACAUCCAAGAUUUGCUUUCUUCAGCGGUUAAAAAAAAAUGAAAUAGAUAGAUUAUCUCCAAGAUUUAAAAUUUCAGAAUGUGAGUCUAAAAUUAAUUUCAGUUAGCAUAGUUUUGCUUUCUUACCAACAAUAACAAAAGUAGGCUUUGAUUGGUGUUAAACUGUGUGCCCUUUUCCUCCUUUAACUGGCCUUAAAAAUCUCUGCAGCUGUUGAAUCUCCAUCUCUGUGUCACUAAUUGUCCAGCCAGUGAGAGAGAGACAGGGAAAUGAACCGGGGUGUGCAGUAUGAUGGGUGGGCUAGCUGCUGGGGGCUUUGGAAUUUAGCGGGCUGAGUUUGAAUCCUGGUUCAGCCAUUUAUCUAUAAGCUUUAGACUCCUGGGCAAAUUACUCAACCUGUCAGAGCCAGAGCUUCUUCAUCUGUAUAACUGGGUAGAAAAUAAUACUUACCUUGCAACAAUAUCGUUAGAAUUAAAUGAGAAAAUAAAGUUAAGUGCCUUGAAAAAUGCUGGUACAUCGUAGAUACUUGUGGAGAGUACUGCUAUUAUUAUUAUAUUAUUCUCAUUUCUAAAGUAGAAGAAAAUAUGUCCCAUCCUGCCUAUAUUAUUUUUUCUUUAUUUUCCAUUUUUUAAAAAAUGCAUAUAAUAAAGCUCAGGUCUUCGGUCUCUUGAAUGCUCAUGGCAGAGGUAGCUGGGUGUCCUGGCGAAUGUACUAUGUGUAAAUAUAGGAUCUGCCACCAACCAGCUGCAUAAUAUUCAGCCUCAGGCAACUUGCCUGUAAAAUGGGGAUGAUCACAAUUCUACCUCGUAGAGCUGUGCUGAGGAUUGCCUGAGUAAAUCCAUUCAGUAAGACAUUUGUAACGGUAUCUGGCAGUGUUUUUACAUAAGUAAGCACUCAGCAGACGUUAGCUACACAGUCCGUCAGUAGUCCUGCAUGUGCUGUCCAAACACUGCGUGGCCGUGACAAGUCUUGCCCUCAUGGAGCUGCAAGUUCUCAUGCACACAUUAAAGAGAGAGCAAUCACGGCUCCCCUAGAUGCUUGCUGUGAGCAUCAGCUUCACAAAAAUGUCAGCUCCACUAGGGCAAGCAUUAUUUUUUUAACUGUCUUGUUCUUUGCUGCAGCUCCAGAGGCUGAAACAGUGAUUGGCACCUAGUAGGGAUGUUUUUGAAUGCAUCAGUCAAUCAAACGAGAGAUGAUGUGGGCAAGAGCUGCCAUACAAGUUUCAUAUACAUGUUGGAGGCGUCCUUUAGUUUUCACUGUUUUUCUUCUAUUUCAGUCUGCUUUUUGUUUUCUUUUUUUCAAAUAAGGGGGGUAUCCCCAGGUGCCAGCAUCUGGUUAUAAAUGACAGUUUUCAUCAUUUUUUUUUUUAAAAAAUCUAGCUGCAAGGCAGCAAUGCAGGCGUUCCUUUCACCUCAUAGCCAGGAGAUGUGCGAGUGAUCUGAACUCCAUGGCGUAAACAGAUGCUCCUCACCACCCCCUCCCUCUACUGUCGAACAUUAAUAGCAAACAGUUAAUAAGCUGUUAAGUGGCUGCAGUGGCAGCCACCAGACAGCUCCCCAUGUCCAGUGCAACCGCAGUCCUGCCACUGAGGUGCCCAGGCGUGCACAGGCCACAUGGUCAGAGAUCCUUCGCUCACAGGCUAGGGGGAGCCCGGGCUGCAGGGACCUCCUAGGCACAGGGAAUGAGACCUGCAAGCUCUCAAACAUGACACCCAAUUACCCUGUGCUACCUGCUUUUCCUUUUGAAUAUUGUACUUUGGUCUGGAGCAGAUGGCAUGAAGCCAGAGAGACAUGCUAAUAGCUCUCUCCAGAAAAGUGUGCACAGCCCAUCUGUUAAUGCCUUGUGAAGAAGAAAAAAAAAUGAUGGGAGGGGGAAAAAAAAAAAACCUGCCACCAACAGUAUAAUCAUCAGAGAUCACAGCACUUAUGGAUCUUGGAGUUUAAUUGUGCUCUUGGAAGAAUGCAGUGAAGGCAUUGAUUUCUCUGACUUGUUCACCUUGGUGUGGGGCCUUUCUCCAGGCCCAGGCAUCUAUGGAGCUGUUGAUGUGUGCCAAAAGCAGUGCUAGGCAGAGAGGAGAGACAGGAAGUAAAGGGUUCUACCAGCAGGUGGUUUCUAGUCUCACAAGGGAAGACAGAAUAACUAGGCAAUUACAAAGCAGUGUGACAAGUGUCAUGCUAGAGGUGAGCACAGGGGACUGUGGAAGCCCAGAGAAGGACCAACGGAGCACAUAGGGCAGGGAAAGCAUCCAGCAGAGAUGAUGGGAAACUGAAUCCCAAAGAGCAAAUAAGGGCCAGCCAUGUGAAGAAGCAGGAGGUGUCUUUCCAGGCAAAUGGACCCGCAGAGACAAGAGAUGGUAGGUUGCGUAUUAAUGUUUGCAACUUCUGGCGACCAAGGUGCCAGUGAGGAAGCCAGCUGAAGACGGGGAUAAGGAGGUGGGAGGGGCUGACCCCCAAGUGCAUGUGAGCCAAGCUGAG